AUGUCCAAACCCAGAGACUACAGCAGCCAGUCGUACAGCCCCAGCGACGGAGCUCCGGCCAAGAGCCAGCCGGGCAGCAGGGUGGACCCGACGGGCAAGUCCAGGGAGAAGGACGACAUGGUGGGACUCAACAACAAGUUCGUCCAGCUCAUUGACAAGGUGAAAAACCUGGAGGACGAGAAGAAGAAGCUGGACACCAAGCUGAAGAUCCUGAAGGAGCAGGAGGGCUACGAGGGGAAGGUGGACGAGCUGGUGAAGCAGCUGGAGAACGAGCUGGAGCAGCAGGUGGAGAACCUGCUCGGAGACCAGGAGAAGCUGAAGGCCGAGCUGCUGAGGAACCAGGAGGAGCUGGAGGACACCAAGAAGAGGUUUGAGGAGGAGAUGAACAAGAAAGCUGAGCUUGAGAAUGAGUUUGUCGUCACCAAGAAGGACGUGGAUGAAGGUCAUCUGGAGGCCGUGGAUGUGGCUCUGGAGCUGGAGGACCUGAUGGGAAAGCUGGACUUCCUCAGAAUCGGCUACGAUGAGGAGAUCAAGGAACUGGAAUCUCAGGUCCAGAACGAAACAGUCCUGAUCCGCGACAACAGCAAACGUUCUCUGGACAUGAAUGAGAUCAUUGAGAACGUCAAGGCUCAGUACGCCAACAUGGCCGCCCGUGGCAGGGAGGAAGCAGAACAGUGGAACCAGAGAAAAAUGGACGCCUUGGUCUUAAAUGCAGGACAGCGAGAGCAGGAGGUCCGUGACAUUAGGAGGGACAUCUCUGACCUAGUUCGUCUCGUCCAGAGACUCACUGGAGACCUGGAUGCUCUCAAAAGGAAGGAGGAUUCUCUGAAGAAGGAGAUUGACAGCGUCAGACAAGAUGGCGACGAGCACAUGGAGAAAGCUCGGAAUCAGAUCGCUCAGCUAGAGGAGGCCUUGAAGCGGGCCAAGCAGGACUUGGCUGGACAGAUCCGCGAACACCAAGAGCUGCUGAACCUGAAGCUAGCCCUGGACAUUGAGAUCGUCACCUACCACAAGCUGCUGGAAGGCGAGGAGCAGAGAAUGAACGAUCUCAUGCGCAAUGGAGACGCUCACCUGCCAUCCAAGCAACGCCCACCAGAGAAGCCGCAAGAAUCCAUCCCUGUCCCCACGGCAACCACCGAUAUCCCGGCAACCACUGUCAUCCCAGCAGCAUGUCCCGUCUCCAAGAAGCGGCUGCUGAUCCGAGUGGAAGUGGAAGCAGGCAGAGUUGUGUCCGAAAGCUCCCAUUACACAGACUGAUCCACCAGGCCUCUGUGCAGCAUUACAGUAUGUCCGUAAAAUGUGAAUUUUAAAACCUCAAAUUUAAGUUAAUUAAGUUAAACUAUUUCAAGAUGCUAUUGAUUUUUAUUUUUAUCGAACAAUCAUCCCUUUUUGUUUUUCUGCUUUCUGGUGGGGUGAACAGCUUCAUGGCAGGUUGAACGUUUUCAAAGAAUCCAUGCUUGGAUUUGUGGAAGUUUGUUUAUGUCAAUCGGUGCUUUUGAAAAGGUUUUUCUUAUCUUUGUUUAGAUUUGCAAAGGCUUCCAGUAUAUUUUUUUAAUCUUUCUUGCAGUUGUUUCUCUUUGACGUAAAUAGGAGUAGGGUUUUGUCUGCGUAAAACAGGAAACCACCUGUCUUGCGCUUCAACGUUGUCCUCAACGGGUGAUUGGCUAAAGGAAGGCUUCUGUUCUGUUAGUCCACAUCUUAUUAAAGAUAAUGUCUCCUACAAUCACAAAAAUCACAUUAAAGAGAAGAUGAGAAAGAAUUUUAAUGUUCUGGAAAGAAAAACACUCAUAAGUCCUUUUUGUCUGCUGCAGUUCAGCACAACACGGCAAAGGGAAAUGUUUCGGCCAGCCUGAAUGUCUGAACCCUUGUACCUCAAAUAUGUCAAAGUAAUCACAAGAAAUCAGAUUAGAGUUUACUGUUACUGGAAUACAAUAAAUAAAACAUGACCAGUG